GCCUUCGCAACUUUAUCCUGAUGCUUUUGGUCCACUGUCAGUUAAAUGACGUCGUGCCGCCGAAGAGCAGAUCAAGCACGCUUAUGGGUCAGGGUGUUAAUAAGAAGACCUUAGGCUUUCUGUUGACAAAGGACAGGUGGAGGUGGCGAGUUUAAAAAGGGGAAAGCCAAGCAGAGAUGUUCUCUGCACCGUACAGCCUGGGCCCUUUUCAUCUCUAACCACCAGCUGCUCUGCUGCUCCCAGACCUAAGGCACAGCGGUCUCCCUCAUAUGGCCAGUGUACCAUGGGCGGUGUCAGUGAUGUUACUGCUGUUGCUCUACCCCCCAGGGGCGUCCUCAACCCCCAUCCAGCACCUGUGUGGAUCCCACCUGGUGGACGCCCUCUACUUUGUAUGUGGGGAGAGGGGAUUUUUUUACAGUCCAAGCCGAACCCACAAGCGGGAUCUGGAACAGCUCGUUGGGUACCUGUCUGAGAGGGUCAGGCAGGAGGAGCGGCUGUGGAGGGUUCUGUCCGGCCGUGACGAGCCCAAGGUGAAGAGAGGCAUCGUGGAGCAGUGCUGCCACAAGCCGUGCAGCAUUCACCACCUGGAAGGCUACUGCGACUGACCCGCCACUCCACAACUAGCACCACUCAUAGCUUGU